CUUGAAUGUGCAUCGAAUCUUUUGGAAGGGUGAGCCAGUGUGAAGGGUGUGAUGCAAAUUAAACGCAACGAUGAGCAACACCGCGCAACGCCAGGAGAAGCAGACGGCAAAGGCAGAGGCGCUGCACGCGUGCCGUGAGGCGUACGAGGCCGUGCGCCAAUGCCACAACAAGUCCACCUUCUCCAUCUUUGGCAGCCUGUGCCUUGACGAGACCAAGGCCUUCAUGCGGUGCUACCGAGAGCACGCGGGAGAGCUCAAGACCAGAUCCAUGGGCGUCGUUGUCGACUGGGACAGGUUUCUCUAUGACGACGAGGACAACAAAGACCACACCAACAGCAGCAGCACCAACAACAGCAGUCAGGAAGAGAAGCAUCAAUAGCGGCUCAUCGCCAGGCUGGCCAGUUCAUGCCAUCCACCAGAGAGACAUGGGCUGCUUGCCUCCAAACCGGUCAGAAUCGCUACACGCACACCAGCUCAUGCACACGCACACAAGCGCUCGUGUAGUUCGUUUAUUGAUGCCGACCUCUGGCCCCAGUUGAGACGAGAGGUCAAUGUGAGUUGGGUAAGAGGUGGGUUGAAUCAGGCAGGCCAAUUAAAGAAACCAUCUAACAGAC